CAGAGCAGGAGGGGACAGAACUAACAAAGAUAUCUCCUGGAGGAGAGUGACUGAGAGAUCACAUCCCACCUGAACCAGGACACAGGUCUGGCCUCUGCCACUUAUUUGCUGCAGAACUCGAGAAAGUGGCUGCACCUUCUACCUGUCUCCAUGACCCAAGGGUGGCAGGUUUCCCCCAAAAUCCAGCUUCUCUCAGGGCCCAGGGAGGAUUCUUAGCCUCCAAGGAGCUCAGGUUUUUUGUGGCAGCUCCUAAAUCACAGCCAGGCUCUGCAACUUCUUGGGGGCUCUUCCCCAACGCUGACCCUCCGCUGAGCUCUCGCAGCUGCCAGCACAGCCCUGAACAAUGCCGACGAGCUGAGCUCAUUCCUCCCAGCUGAUAAUUUGCUUUAAAAUAUUUCUGAGCUCAGGCCUCCUCAGGGAAAACACUCCCAAACGCUAGGCAAAAAAGCUGCUGAGUCUGGAGGAACCACACACCCACCAUUCGCUCGCCGAGACGUCCCCCCCGAUGACAAGCCCUGGCGUCAGAGGGACUGAGGCCAAAGUCUGUCAUUUGAUCUCCCCCUUCGCUGGGGGAAGCCGAAUUUCAGGCCGUCCAGGGCUUUUACCACUUCCCGGUAGCGGUUUCCUGCCAUGAUGUGAGCGCAGGAAUUUUUGGGAGGUGAGUCAGAGGCUGCAAUGAGAACCACCUGGCUGGGGCUGGGUUGGGAGGCUCGAUCCCGAUGCAGGGGUGAUCCCUGCGGCGAUGCUCGAUGCCGGGCGGGCAGCAUUCCCAGAGUGGAACUACUUACAGGGGCAAACACAUCAUUCCAUCCCAGACCCCAUUUCUGGCCUGGGAAAGAAGAAGAGGGAUUUGCUGCCUCAGUUCCCACGGCUCCUCCUUCCUUGCCGGGCUGGGAUCGGUAUGCUCUGGCUACCCCACCCGGGCUCCAGGGAGAAACUUGGCUCCACGGGGGUUGCAUGACUCUUUAGCGAUGAACGCGGCCAGAAGUGGCUACCGGGUCUUCUCGGCCAACUCCACUGCAGCCUCCACCGAGCUGGCGAAGAAGAUCACGGAGCGUCUCGGUGCUGAGCUGGGAAAAUCUGUGGUGUACCAGGAAACCAAUGGAGAAACAAGAGUUGAAAUAAAAGAGUCUGUCCGUGGACAGGAUAUCUUCAUCAUACAGACAAUCCCCAGAGAUGUGAAUACUGCUGUCAUGGAACUGCUGAUCAUGGCCUAUGCACUGAAGACUUCCUGUGCCAGGAACAUCAUUGGAGUCAUCCCCUACUUCCCCUACAGCAAACAGAGCAAAAUGAGGAAGAGAGGCUCCAUAGUCUGCAAGCUGCUGGCUUCAAUGCUUGCUAAGGCAGGUUUAACACACAUUAUCACUAUGGACCUUCAUCAGAAGGAAAUCCAAGGCUUCUUCAGCUUUCCAGUAGACAACCUGAGAGCAUCCCCUUUCUUGCUUCAGUAUAUACAGGAAGAAAUUCCAGAUUACAGAAAUGCAGUUAUUGUAGCCAAAUCUCCUGGUGCUGCUAAAAGGGCUCAGUCUUAUGCCGAGAGGCUGCGCCUGGGGCUGGCAGUGAUCCAUGGAGAGGCUCAGUGCACGGAGCAGGACAUGGAUGACGGGCGUCACUCCCCUCCCAUGCUCAAAAAUACAACUGUGCAUCCUGGCCUGGAGCUGCCAUUGAUGAUGGCCAAGGAGAAGCCGCCAAUUACUGUGGUUGGAGACGUUGGAGGAAGAAUUGCCAUCAUUGUGGAUGACAUCAUUGAUGACGUGGAAAGCUUUGUAGCUGCUGCAGAGAUCCUGAAAGAGCGUGGAGCCUACAAGAUUUUUGUGAUGGCUACUCAUGGGCUCCUGUCAGCAGAUGCUCCCCGUCUCAUAGAGGAAUCCUCCAUUGAUGAGGUGGUAGUGACCAACACUGUUCCUCACGAGGUGCAGAAGCUGCAGUGCCCCAAGAUAAAGACUGUGGAUAUCAGUUUGAUCCUGUCAGAAGCCAUCCGGCGAAUCCACAACGGCGAGUCCAUGGCCUAUCUCUUCCGCAACAUCACUGUCGAUGACUAGACCUGAGCCUGCCCCCGUCCUGGAUUCCACAAGAGAAGGAAAUCUGCAUGGAAAGGCAAUACCAUAAAACAUAGGCAUAACACAACUGUUUAUUUUUGUAGGAGCAUUGAGGUUUUCAGGGUCUUGAGCCAUGAGAUCUAACAGAAAAAAAAUCAACCUGACCAGCACUUUACAAGUGAAUAGAAGGGGCCACUGGCAGUGGGGGGGAUUACACCUUAAUUAAGAGAGAUGGAGAAAUGAGGUGGUGUUGAAUUUUUAAGUUCCUUUAAUGAUUUUUUUUUAAAAUGUGUUAUCUCCUGCCCUGUAGGGGCAGAAAGAAAAGCUAAACAGAAGUAGCUGUCAGCUUGUGAGAAGGGAACAGAGACUGCUCAUUGCUGUGUGGGCAGCAAGAGCUGCCUUUGGGGUUUUUCUGCCUGUGUCUCACCCCAGAGCACAGAAGGGAACGUUCAGGCUGUGCUGCUGGCAGAGCUGAGCCAACAGCAGCUCUGUGCCAGCUCAGUGGCCUCUCCCCUCCUGCACAGCAGAGCAGGGACUUUCAUUAGAACUAAGUUAGCGGAACAUCCCAAAAGGACAGCUUAGGGCAAGCCAUUGACAGGGCUGCUCCCAGGCCUGGCUCAGGGAGCUGGGAACAGGCUCACGUGUGUGCCCCAGCAGAGCAGGGAAUGCUAGUUAAUGUGUUGGCCUUUUCAUUUUGCGAGCUUUGGAUCAUUAUUGCUCUUCAUUGAUGAGUCACGUGAGGGUCUUGCUCCUCACUGGAACACUUGUCUGCACUGCAAAGCCAGGCGUGAUUUUUGGAGUUGCCUGGGGCUGAAUUUGUGGCAGAGUCUUGUGGGGAAGGGAAGUUGGAAUGUCUGCUUCUAAUGCAGCUGUGCUCUCCAAAACACUAACACUGAACCUGCAAUAAAAAGUGUAAGAUUUUUCAGCUUUA